AUGGAUGAAUAUGAUGAGGAAUAAUUUGAGCAUUCAGAGUGUUUAGACGAGAAUAAUGAAUUUAUGAACUUGGAAUAGGAGCAGUAAGGGGGUGGAGAAGGGGAAUUGGAGCAAUGUGAGAUUUGUUCCCGAAAAUUUCAUACGGAGAGGAUUGAAAAGCAUAGGUAGGUGUGCGAGAAGGCUUAAUAAAAAUAAAAGGAAAGGGAUAAGCUAAUAAAACGUAAAUAAUAAAAGAAAGCUGAACUUUAGUAGAUGUUGGAAGCUAAGGAGAAACAAGUGAAAAAUAAAACAGUUAAUAAUUGGAGAGAAUAACAUAAGUAAUUCUAAGAAAUGAUUCAUUGCAAUAAAAAGGAAAAAGAGGUAGUACAUUGAAUGAAUUAAUGAGGUUCAAAAUGAAGGUGGUGAGGAGAGAACCGUAAAGACUCCAGAAUUAGCAGAGAAUUCACAUUAUGUGUUUUGUGAACAUUGUUAGCGUAGUUUUGACAGAUGUAACAAUUCAAAGAAGUAUUUGAAGAUGUCGCUGAGAGACAUAUUCCGAAGUGCAAGGAAAUCAAGGCUAAGCCCAAGCCUCCCAAAAAAAAGUAGCAAUAAGAACUGAAAAGAACUACAUAGUUAAGCACAGCAUCGACGACCAAUUAGAAUGAGAAUAUUGAUCAAACUAAGCAAUCCUUUCGUGCUUAGAGUUUGAUGAAAACAGCUGAGGUUUAGAAGAGACAACUUCCAGAACUGAAGAAAGCAAUCUAUACAGGAUUCGGUAUGACAAGUGAGUGAAUAUGUUAGGAUUCAUGGAUUGUUAAACAAGGGCGACUGCUUUGUCAGAUACUGAGUGUCCGCAUUGUUUGCGUAAAUUUAAUCCGAAGGCUGCUCUUCGUCACGUUCCAAUUUGUGAGAAAUUGAUGAGCAAGGAAUCAUUUAGUAAAUAUUAAUAAUAUCAACCCAAGAAUUGAAGUUUAAAAAUAAGGCGAAUUUGCCGAAACCAAAAAAAUUGGAGCCUGUUUUGCCAGCCAUUAUCGGUUAAUAGCCUUAGAUGAAAAAGAUACUAAAGGAGACUGAUAUUCAGUUGAAAAGUCAAUUAAAAUUUUGCACUUAAUGUGGGAACAAGAUGCAAUUGGGACACAAGUAUUGUGGGGGAUGUGGCCAUAAGAGAGAAAUUGAAUAAUGA